AUGGACGAGGGAGCCGCCUGCGAGGCCGUCCCCGAUCUGAGGGACAUCGAGGCGAAGAUCGGCCGGAAGACCCCCGAGGGACUGCUCAGGUGUCUGCGGGAAGAGGGGUCCUCUCUCCGGGGAGACGCCAAGCUGGCAGCCGCGCACGACUCCGGAGCCAAGGAGACGGGGAGGAAGAGUUUGGAUGAGAAGAUCAGGAAGCUGAAGAUGGAGAUGGCCCACUUGCGCUCAGUGGACGUGAAGCUCCUGCAGCAGCUGCUGGCGGUGCAUGAAGGCAUCGAGGCAGUGAAGUGGCUGCUGGAGGAGCGCAGCACGAUGACCAGCCACUGCAGCAGCCUCACCGGGAGCCAGUACAGCCUGGGUGAUGGACCCGACAUGUCCUGGAGGGGCUCCUGGAGCAGCCUGCAGGACCCCAACGACAAGCUGGACAACAUCUCCAUCGGCAGCUAUCUGGACACCCUGGCGGACGACAUGGACGAGUACUGCCCGUCGAGUUCCGAGUCGGUCAUCUGCUCCGGCACUCCGCUGGUUUCAGAGGCUGCCCCUGGGGGCCGGACAGGGGGAGGCCCCGUGGCCCCGGGCACGGCAGCUGGAGCUGGGGUAGGGGUGAGGUCUGUCACUGGGGCUGUUGUUGGGAUUCGGGCAGGGACAAAGGAGAAUGGAGUUGGGGCUGGAAAUGGGACAGAGGGGAAAGGUACACUAGGGACUGUGAUUACCAGUGCUGUCACUGGGACUGCCGCUGGAAAACCAGCUGUUCCCAUCAACUCUGCUCGAGCCAAGUCUGAGGGCCCCAAGCAGGAGGCUCCGGUGUGGACCAAGGCUGUGGAGAAGGGCAAAGGAAACCCUGUUAAAAAGGACAAUAUCAAGGCACAAUCCAUCAAGGUUAACGGCGUCCAUGAGAAACCAUCGGCACAAACUGGAAGCCCGACACGCCCCAGGCUCACUGAGAGACAGGGAACCAGCCAGAGCCCCAAACUCAAACCCUUUAGAAACGGGAAAAUCGAGUUGGAUGGUUGCAAAAUGAACGGCAAAAUGCACAUGGAGUACGACGCGCACUGGCGCUGGGUGCAGUCACAGGAAGACGUGACGUUUUUGUAG